CUUCGCAAAAAUGUUUGCCAAAAAGAAAAGUGAAUCAGAAAAUAAUUCUGAAUCAGUAAAAGACGUGACAGACUUCACCAACGUGUCAAAAAUGUCCAGAAAAGUCCCUUCUAGAUCAGUGACCCCUAGGCUUGAGAACCCAUAUGCAAUACAAGAAGUCAUCCACAGGAUUGAGGCAGCACAGCACUUCAGAGCUGCAGAGGAUAUUAAUAUGAAGAUGAGUGAUAUAAUGGACAAUGUCCAUCGAAUAAUAACUCGCUAUGCUGCUGAAGACAUUGCGAGCUCUAAAAGGAAGAUCUCUCUUGCAGAACAUAAGAAACGGAGAAAUAAUUUGCUGGAAAAAUUAAAUAUCUGUUCUAAUAGUAUUGACUUUAAAGAAAAGACUCUUGUCCAUAUACUGGCCUGGUUGGAAGAGUGGCAUGCUACUUUGUCCGAGAUGACUGAAGUUGAUAUUGAUGAAUGGUACUACUGGUUAACACAAGUAGAGUUUUUACCAGACACAUUAAAAAAUAUUGAAGAAAAUGUUGAGUUACUAUCUAAAAUCACUUCAUCUCUGAUUGAUGAAAAGAAGAGGCAGAAGAAAAAAACAACUAUCAGAGGUACUCUCUGGAAACCUUGGAAAGAGAGAGCUGUAAAACGACCUGCCACAGUCCAUGCUUUAAAACCAGAUCAGAUGAUUAGUGAUGAACUUGUAACAAGAACAAAGGUUUCAGAAAUCCAAGAUAUGCUCCAGGAACUCAUAGGCACUGGAGCAUUCAGCAAAUUGGAAAACAGUGCUAUUAAAUAUAUAUCAUCGACAUUAUUCAAUUUUUUAAAAGCUGUUAAUAUGCUAAAUGAAGAAGUGAAAAUUGCUGCUCUCCAAAUUGCCAACUUGAAAGCAAGUGAAAUGAAUAAGAGAGAAAGGGAGUUAUCUUUGAGGACAAUACAUGAUCUUAGUGAAAAAAAUGACGUACUUGAGCAUAAACUUCAAGAUAUGGAGGACAAAUAUGAAAAGCUUCUGCAAUCCAAAAGUAUAGACUCCCAAGCAAGAUAUGAACAACUUAUGCAGUCCUUAGAUAUAAGACGCCAGGUGUCAUCCGUAUCAACUGUGAAACUGUCAUCUGAGAUUUCUCCAAGGUCAUCUGUGGCCAUUUUCAAAACAGAUGCAGAAGGCAAUGUAGAGAAUAUUUUGGAGAAAAAAUCUGAAGCUACUACAGACUUGCCCCAAAGUAAUGAGACCAAAGUCUCAGGGGUCAAGAAGGACUCAGUUACUGCUGAGCAAAGUGCUUUAUUUGAAAAAAGGCUGAGAAAACCUUUGCAAGAUAGCAAGGAAAUUAUCAUUGAAGAAGUAUUACCAAAGAAAGAAGAGACUGAUAUAGUUCUGAAAUCAAGGUCCUCAAAAAGUUCACGUGUAUCUGACAUCUCUAGAUCAAGUCUGAUUGAUGAAAAGAAAAAAGAAUCAAGAUUAAGCGCUUAUAUAAAAUCAAAAGGUCUUGUAUCUGCUGAUGUUGGCACAAAGAGCUCAGAUCGCAGGAGUGAAAUAGAUGAUCUAUUGGGACAACUCAGGAAGGCGGCUAAGUUUGAAUAUCCAUCUGGUAAAAGCCAGUUACCUCCAGAGAGUAAACAGGAACUCCCCUCUGAGGCAGAAAAGAGUAAAGAGAAGAAAUCUGAGGCGACAAGUCAAGCAGUCUCACCCGGACCACCCCAGGAUUCUCAACAUGAGAAAGUGAAAACAAAAGUAAAGAAACAAUCACUCUCUAGAGAAAAACCCACAACUAAAGAAGGAAAAGAUGAGGAGAAGGAACCAUUGAUUUCUACCAAGAAAGCCAAGUCUCGUGAAGUUAAAAUGCGAUCGAGGCAAUCUGGAGAGGCUGCAGAACCUGCCAGCCUUCGUGGAAGUUUAGACAGCAAAAGUGAAAAGAGUAGCUUACAGGACUUUCAGAAAGCCAUAGUGGCUUUUCUAACUGAGAAAUUUAGUGGCAUAGAAAAAAAGUCUCUGGAUAGAAAAUCUUUACCAACAGAGGAAAUAAUACUAAAGGGAACAGAAGGUGAGACUAUUGGAAUCAUCAAAGAAACAAUAGAGGAAUAUUUACAAAAAGUGGCUAACACUGUUACAGAAGUCUUGAGAGAAUACAGAGACUUAAAAAAGGAAGCACAAAGGAUAGACAGCAAGGAAGCCCCACUUACACCGGAACAGGAUUUGCAGAAGUCAACUAGUCUAGUGCCUGAAAUUAGCACCUUACUCUCAUCUCAUAGCACAGACCCACUGAUUGCCAAUUUAGUACAGGCGAUUGUCACUGAACUAGAAAGUGAAAAAGAUGUUCCACAAGCCAAGGUUUCAGUCCCCUCAGGAGUAAGAAGAGACCACAAGGAAAGGAAGAAAUGGCAGGAGGGACAUUUGCAAGAGGGUCAAGGGAAAAAAUCCCAGUUGCAAGGAGAGAAGGACCUUGUAGAAAGAAUCGAUGAGGAGGAAGAGGCUUGGUAUCAGCCAGAGGGAAAACGGGGACGACAGAAGCAGAAACAACUGCAGGAAGAAGAGAUGUGGAAGGGACAGCAAAGGCAGAGAACACAAAGGCCGAUGGAGCAAAGUGAGAAGCCAAAGCAAAGUGAUGAGGAGGAGGAAUAUCAGAAGCCAAAACAUCGAGUAAAAGCCAGAAAGCAAAAAAAGAAAGAACUAGAGGAGAAAGGACAGAAGGCAACAGAGGAAGAAGCAGAGUUUCUGGAGAUGGAAGACAGCUGGGAGGAAGAGGAAGAAAAACAGGAGUCACAGAGAAAGGUAGAUGAUCAGGAAAGGCAGGGGAAGGAAGAAGCAGCAGUAACGGAUCUAAUGAAGGCUGAAGAGAAAAUUUACGAAGAACCACGGCAUGCAGAGGUUCAGAUAUCAAUGGCAAUGUCUCAAAAGUGGAAGAAAGUAUUGAAAGACUUCUUCCGGCUAUAUGAAAGAGAAUUGUCCCGUGCACAUUUCAAGACAGCAAAGAUACUUGAUGAUGAAACACACUUUAUACCAAGCACUUCUACUGCUUCCACUGAAAUGACUGCAUCAGGGGCAUUUCAUAUUUCUGGACAGUCUCCAAGAAAAUCCAUCACUUUCACCCCUGAGCAAGCCCAGGCUCAGAUCACCUUAACCCCUGAGCAGGCCCGGACUCAGGAGAUGAUCAUCACCCGUGAGCAGGCCCAGGCCUUAGGGAUCCCUCUAACCCCUGAGCAGACCCAAGCACAGGGUGUCCCCUUCACGCCUAAGCAGGCUCUGGGGAUCACCCUCACCCCUGAGCAAGCUCAGGCUUUGGGGAUCACCUUCACCCCUCAACAGAUCAAGUCACAAGGGAUCACCCUCACCCCUGAACAGGCCCAGGCUCUGGGGACCACUCUCACUCCUGAGCAGGCCCAGGAUCUGGAGAUUACACUGACAGCUCAACAGACUAAGGCAGAAGGGAUCACCCUCACUCCUGAGCAGGCCCAGGCCAUGGGGAUCACCCUCACCCCUGAGCAGGCCCAGUCACAGCAGAUAACACUCACUCCUGAGCAGGCCCAGGAUCUGGGGAUCACUCUCACUCCUGAGCAGGCCCAGGAUCUGGGGAUCACGCUCAUCCCUGAGCAGGCAAAGGCACAGGGGAUCACCCUCACUCCUGAGCAGGUCCAGGCCCUGGGAAUAACCCUCACCCCUCAACAGACUAAGGCACAGGGGAUCACCCUCACCCCUGAGGAGGCACAGGCUCUGGGGAUCACCCUCACCCCUCAACAGAUCAAGGCACAGAGCAUCACCCUCACCCCAGCGCAGGCCCAGGCUCUGGGGAUCACCCUCAGCCCUCAACAGAGUAAGGCAAAGGGGAUCACCCUGACCCCUCAACAGACUCAGGCACAGAGCAUCACCCUCACCCCUGAGCAGGCCCAGGAUCUGGGGAUCACCCUGACCCCUCAACAGACUAAGGCAAAGAGCAUCACCCUCACCCCUGAGCAGGCCCAGGCUCUGGGGAUCACCCUGACCCCUCAACAGACUAAGGCACAGAGCAUCACCCUCACUCCUGAGCAGGCCCAGGCUCUGGGGAUCACCCUGACUCCUCAACAGACUAAGGCCCAGGGGAUCACCCUCACACCUGAGCAGGCUAGGACUCUAGGGAUCACCCUUACCCCUGAGCAGGUCCAGGCUCUGGGGAUCACCAUCACCCCUCAACAGACUAAGGCAGAGAGUAUCACCAUCACUCCCGAGCAGGCACAGGCUCUGGGGAUCACCCUUACCCCUGAGCAAGCCCAGGCACAGUGGAUCACCCUCACCCCUGAGCAGGCCCAGACUCUGGGGAUCACUCUCACUCCUGAGCAGGCCCAGGCACAGGGAAUCACACUUACCCCUGAGCAAGCCCAGGCUCUGGGGAUAACCCUCACCCCUCAACAGAUUAAGGCACAGUGCAUCACCCUCACCCCUGAGCAGGCCCAGUUUCUGGGGAUUACCCUCACUCCUAAGCAGGCCAAGGCUCUGGGGAUCAGCCUGACCCCUCAACAGACUAAGGCACAGGGGAUCACCCUCACUCCUGAGCAGGCCCAGGAUCUGGGGAUCACCCUCACCCCUCAACAGAUCAAGGCACAGGGCAUCACCCUCACCCCUGAGCAGGCCCAGGCUCUAGGGAUCACCCUCACUCCUGAGCAGGCCCAGGCUCUGGGGAUCACCCUCACCCCUCAACAGACGAAGGCACAGAGUAUCACCCUCACUCCUGAACAGGCCCAGGCUCUGGGGAUCACCCUCACCCCUCAACAGAUUAAGGCACAGGGCAUCACCCUCACCCAUGAGCAGGCCCAGGCUCUAGGGAUCACCCUCACCCCUGAGCAGACCCAGGCUCUGGGAAUCACUCUUACCCCUCAACAGACUAAGGCACAGGGGAUCACCCUCACCCCUGAGCAGGCCCAGGAUCUGGGGAUCACCCUCACCCCUCAACAGAUCAAGGCACAGGGCAUCACCCUCACCCCUGAGCAGGCCCAAGCUUUAGGGAUCACCCUCACUCCUGAGCAGACCCAGGCUCUUGGGAUCACCCUGACCCCUCAACAGACACAGGGGAUCACCCUCACUCCUGAGCAGGCCAAGGUUCUAGGGAUCACCCUCACCCCUCAACAGAUCAAGGCACAGGGCAUCACCCUGACCCUUGAGCAGGCCCGGACUCUGGGGAUCAUCCUCACUCCUGAGCAGGCCCAGACUCUGGGGAUCACCCUGACCCCUCAACAGACUAAGGCACAGGGGAUCACCCUCACUCCUGAGCAGGCCCAGGAUCUGGGGAUCACCCUCAACCCUCAACAGAUCAAGGCACAGGGGAUCACCCUCACCCCUGAGCAGGCCCAGGAUCUGGGGAUCACCCUCACCCCAGCGCAGGCCCAGGCUCUGGGGAUCACCCUAACCCCUCAACAGACUAAUAUCACCCUCACUCCUGAGCAGGCCCAUGAUCUGGGGAUCACCCUCACCCCUCAACAGAUCAAGGCACAGGGCAUCAUCCUCACCCCUGAGCAGGCCCAGGCUCUGGGGAUCACCCUCACCCCUGAGCAGGCCCAAGCUCUGGGGAUCACCCUGACCCCUCAACAGACUAAGGCACAGGGGAUCACCCUCACUCCUGAGCAGGCCCAGGAUCUGGGGAUCACCCUCAACCCUCAACAGAUCAAGGCACAGGGCAUCACCCUCACCCCUGAGCAGGCCCAGGCUCUGGGGAUCACCCUCACCCCAGCGCAGGCCCAGGCUCUGGGGAUCACCCUAACCCCUCAACAGACUAAUAUCACCCUCACUCCUGAGCAGGCCCAUGAUCUGGGGAUCACCCUCACCCCUCAACAGAUCAAGGCACAGGGCAUCAUCCUCACCCCUGAGCAGGCCCAGGCUCUGGGGAUCACCCUCACCCCUGAGCAGGCCCAAGCUCUGGGGAUCACCCUCACCCCUCAACAGACUAUGGCACAGGGGAUCACCCUCACUCCUGAGCAAGCCCAGGCUCUGGGGAUCACCCUCACCCCUCAACAGACCAAGGCACAUGGGAUCACCCUCACCCCUGAACAGGCCCAGGCUCUGGGGAUCACCCUCACCCUGGAGCAAGCCCAGGCUCUGGGGGUCCCUCAACAGACCCAGGUAAAGGAGAUCACCCUUACUCCUGAGCAGGUUCUGAAUCUGGGGAUUGCCCUAACCCCUCAACAGAUGAAGGCACAUAGGAUCACCCUCACCCCUGAGCAGGCCCAGGCUCUGGGGAUCACCCUCACCCCUGAGCAGGCCCAGGCUCUGGGGAUCACCCUCACCCCUCAAGAGACCCAAGUUUUAUAUCGCCCAUCUACCUCUUUUACAGCCCCAGUUUUAGAAUACCCCCUCAGAUCUGAAGUAUUUCAUCCUCCAGAAGUUCCCCUGGCCUCAGAACUGGCCCCACCUGUGGGAAUUAAACUCAUGACUGAGCAGGACCUAAAAUUAAGAGGUCUUCUCAUUACUGAGCAGUUCUCAUUACCACUGCAAGAAUCAAGACUUUCUCCUCCCAGUAGGAAAUCUACAGCAAGACCUAGCCAGCGACGGACACCAUCUACUGCUACUGCUGAGAAGCCUCCUGUGUGUGAAGCCUCUGCUGCUCCUUUGCAGAUAUCAGGCAUAUACCAAGACUCCUUUGUCCCCAGGAAAUCACAGGAAAUGAGGAUUCCUCCUGACCCUGGGCAGGUCCUGGCACCGCAGACAACUACUUCCUCUGGACAGGCCCAGGAUAGACAUUUUCCCAUUUCUAGAAAGCCCUCAAUACCUGGUACUGCUCUCACUACAAGACAGUCCUUGGUUCCUGAGGCUCCUUCCAUUCCUGAGGUGCUCCCCAAAUCUGCACCCUUUACGAUCUCUGAGCAGCCAUCCCAGCCUGCUACCGUCCCCAGACAACCUCCUCACUGGCAAGUUCCUCUUCCCCUUGAACAGCAACAGGCACCAGGUAUCUUCCCUGAGCAGACUGUCCCACCGUGGGUGCCUUCUGCCCCAUCCUCUGGGAAGCCCCAGAAAGAACCGGACUCAUAUUUCUUUAAGAAAAGUAAAGAAUUGGCUGUUUCUCCUCUGAAAUCGAAAUUUCCAUCUGUCCUUCCUAGUGUUCCAGCUUUCCAGGCAUCUCAAGCCCCUUUUACCACCAGGAAGCUCCCCAUGCCAGAGGCCUCUGACACUUACGAAGAAAUCCCAGGGCUCCGUGACUCUAUUACCAUACAGCCAUUUAGAGCAUCUCAGGCCCACCUUGCCAAAUACAGGACACCAGCACCACCAACUCCUUAUGAGGAUGAGGGAGCCCUCCCACCUCUCGUGAAGCCUGUAUCAUCACUACCUUCUGUUUCUGAACCCCAAGAAUCACCAAUUUUACCUUUUGAAUUGGGCCCCAAGCCCCAAUUACCUCCUCUAGACAAAUCCUGGAUACUGCCUUCAGUUGCAGUUACUAAGAAAACCAAGAGGACGGUGGCCUCACCCCCUUUCCAAGAGCUCCAAGAGCAAGAGCAGAGAUAUUUUGUUGAUGUGGAAGGUCAGAGAAGAAAUCUGAGACUCUUAAAUCUGGCCACAAAAAUUUCUGGACUCCCUUUACCACUGUAUCUAAUGACUAGGAAUCUCAUCAUUGAGACGCUUCACGCCGACACAGUUGGACUUGGAUACCUGUUCCGCAAGUACAUUGCCUUUAGGCUGAUCCAGCGUGCAAGAAACAACAUAAUCAAAAGAAUAGAGGUCAUCCAAAACACUGGGAGAGGUUAUGAGAUCCAGAACCUCUACAUAAUGCUGAGCAGACUUGAUAACUACCAGAAAAAAACAAUGCACGUCUGGACCCAGAAGCAGAAAUCUCUAGAGCAGAAACGGAAUCGAUGUCUUAGGGAAAUGAUGCACAUAUUUGGACAGCUCAAAGAGACACACAACUUGGAUCUUAGCCAACCUGUCCCCUUGAGCACUGAGAAGAAGCAGAUUCUGGCUCCUCCCAAAUUUGUUAAACAGACAUUCCCAGAGUUACUAGUGGAAGAGGGGAGAAGAGCUGACAUUCUCAAGAAGCUUAGACAUGAUGAGCAGAUGGAGGCCAUCUGGAAUGCUGAUCUGUCCACUUCAAGCUAUCCAAUAACAGAGAAGACAGCAAUACAAUCGCUCUGGGCUCAGCUGGGCGGAUAUCCAGAUAUUCCUAUGCUGCUCCAGUUGGACGUUCAGUCUACCUUCAGAAAAUCUCUUGCAUCUCUCCAAUCACAGAAUUUGCUAUUGGGCCAGGACACCAGGAAGGCCAGAUUAGAAUGCUUCUAUUUGUAUCAUGACUCAGAAAUAUGACCUGAAAUGCAGUUGUCAUAUCUGGCUCAA